GUCCUGCCCUCAGCCUCCAGUCGGUGAGAGACACCCAGCCCCAGCAAUUGGAUUGGGCAGCCUGUCUUGACACACCACUGUGCUGAGUGCUUGAGGACGUGCUGCACCAGAUGGUUGGGGUUAGUGUGUGUCAUCACAUUCGAGUGGGGAUUAGGAGCAGGAAGGCUGCCUUGCUGGAGCUGUGUGGUCUUCUCCAAGGGAGAGUUGCGGGCAAGGAAACUACUUUGCUUUUGGGAGAAGAGGAGGAAUUCAUUUUCUGCAGCCACAAGAAAGGCAGUUUUUUCAGGUGCUGACGGCCACCCACCACCCUCUGAAGAAGGCGAUAUUGGCGGAUGACAUGCAGGUUCUCCAAGACAGAAUAAUUGCAGAAAAUCUUCAAAGGACCCCAUCUGCAGAAGUUCUGAAAACCUCUGAGUACAGAAAUUGAUUAUUCAGCCAGGAUACCUAAUUCAAGACCUGCAGAAACCAGGAGGCUGAGACAUUCUGUCGGUUUCGUGACAUUGGACCAAACACAAUGAAGUAUACUUGCUGGGCUCUGGUUCUUGCUGUUCUGGGCACAGAGCUGCUGGGGAGCCUCUGUUCAACCGUCAGAUCCCAGAGGUUCAGAGGACGGAUACAGCAGGAGCGAAAGAACAUCCGACCCAACAUUAUUCUUGUGCUCACUGAUGAUCAAGACGUGGAGCUGGGGUCCCUGCAAGUCAUGAACAAAACAAGAAAGAUUAUGGAGCAUGGGGGAGCCACCUUCACCAACGCUUUUGUGACCACCCCCAUGUGCUGCCCCUCCCGGUCCUCCAUGCUCACCGGAAAGUAUGUGCACAACCACAACGUCUACACCAACAAUGAGAACUGCUCCUCACCUUCAUGGCAGGCAAUGCAUGAACCUCGGACUUUUGCUGUAUAUCUUAACAACACCGGCUACAGAACAGCCUUUUUUGGAAAAUACCUCAAUGAAUAUAAUGGCAGCUACAUCCCUCCUGGGUGGCGAGAAUGGCUUGGAUUAAUCAAGAAUUCUCGUUUCUAUAAUUACACUGUUUGUCGCAAUGGCAUCAAAGAAAAGCAUGGAUUUGAUUAUGCAAAGGACUACUUCACAGACUUAAUCACUAACGAGAGCAUUAAUUACUUCAAAAUGUCUAAGAGAAUGUAUCCCCAUAGGCCCAUUAUGAUGGUGAUCAGCCACGCUGCGCCCCACGGCCCCGAGGACUCGGCCCCACAGUUUUCAAAACUGUACCCCAAUGCUUCCCAACACAUAACCCCUAGUUAUAACUAUGCACCAAACAUGGAUAAGCACUGGAUUAUGCAGUACACGGGACCCAUGCUGCCCAUCCAUAUGGAAUUUACAAACAUUCUACAUCGCAAAAGGCUUCAGACUUUGAUGUCGGUGGAUGAUUCUGUGGAAAGGCUGUAUAAUAUGCUCGUGGAGACAGGGGAGCUGGAGAACACUUACAUCAUUUACACCGCUGACCACGGUUACCAUAUCGGCCAGUUUGGACUGGUCAAGGGGAAAUCCAUGCCAUACGACUUUGAUAUCCGUGUGCCUUUCUUUAUUCGUGGUCCAAGUGUAGAACCAGGAUCCAUAGUCCCACAGAUCGUUCUCAACAUUGACCUGGCCCCGACGAUCUUGGACAUCGCUGGGCUCGACACUCCUUCCGAUGUGGACGGCAAGUCCGUCCUCAAACUUCUGGAUCUGGAAAAGCCAGGUAACAGGUUUCGAACAAACAAGAAAGCCAGAAUUUGGCGUGAUACGUUCCUCGUGGAAAGAGGGAAGUUUUUACGUAAGAAAGAAGAAUCCAGCAAGAAUAUCCAACAGUCAAAUCACUUGCCCAAAUAUGAGAGAGUCAAAGAAUUGUGCCAGCAGGCCAGGUACCAGACAGCCUGUGAACAGCCUGGGCAGAAGUGGCAGUGCAUUGAGGACACAUCUGGCAAGCUUCGAAUUCACAAGUGUAAAGGAUCCGGGGACCUGCUCACGGUCCAGCACAGCACGCGGAACCUCUACGCUCGCGGCUUCCCGGACAAGGACAAAGAAUGCAGCUGCGGAGAGCCCGGCUAUCGUGGAGGCAGAAGCCAGAGAAAGAAUCAAAGGCAGUUCCUGAGAAACCAGGGGACCCCCAAGUACAAGCCCAGAUUUGUCCAUACCCGGCAAACACGUUCCUUAUCCGUCGAAUUUGAAGGCGAAAUAUAUGACAUAAACCUGGAAGAAGAGGAAUUGCAAGUGUUGCGACCCAGAAACAUUGCCAAGCGCCACGAUGAAGGCCACAGGGGGCCCAGAGGUCCCCAGGCUGCCGGCGACAGGGACGCAAUGCUGGCAGACAGAGACAAUGCCCUGGGCCUGCCCACCACCGUCCGAGUGACUCACAAGUGCUUUAUUCUCCCAAAUGAUACAAUUCACUGUGAGAGAGAACUGUAUCAAUCAGCCAGAGCUUGGAAGGACCACAAGGCGUACAUUGAUAAAGAGAUUGAAGCCUUGCAAGACAAAAUUAAGAAUUUAAGAGAAGUGAGAGGACACCUAAAAAGGAGAAAACCAGAGGAAUGUGCCUGUGGUAAACAGAGCUACUAUAAUAAAGAGAAAGGUGUAAAAAAGCACGAGAAGGUGAAGAGUCAUCUCCACCCAUUCAAGGAAGCUGCUCAGGAAGUAGACAGCAAACUGCAGCUUUUCAAGGAGAACCGCAGGAGGAAGAAAGAGAGGAAGGAGAAGAAACGCCAGAGGAAGGGGGAGGAAUGCAGCCUGCCUGGCCUCACCUGCUUUACCCACGACAACAACCACUGGCAGACGGCCCCAUUCUGGAACUUGGGAUCGUUCUGCGCCUGCACGAGUUCUAACAACAACACCUACUGGUGUUUGCGGACUGUCAACGAGACGCAUAAUUUUCUUUUCUGUGAGUUCGCCACUGGCUUUUUGGAGUAUUUUGAUAUGAAUACAGAUCCUUAUCAGCUCACCAACACCGUGCACACGGUGGAGCGGGGUAUUUUGAAUCAGCUGCACGUACAACUCAUGGAGCUCAGGAGCUGUCAAGGGUACAAGCAGUGCAACCCAAGACCGAAGGGCCCGGAAGUUGGAAAUAAAGAUGGAGGAAGCUAUGACCUGCACAGAGGACAGUUAUGGGAUGGAUGGGAAGGUUAAUCUGCCCAGCCUCGCAGCCGAUGUCAACUGGCAAGGUCUGGAGGAUUUAUACAGUGUGAACGAAAGUGUCUAUGAGUACAGACAAAACUAUACACUUAGUCUGGUUGACUGGACUAAUUACUUGAAGGAUGUAGAUAGAGUAUUU